AUGAUUGAUUUAACGGAAGAAAUAACAGAACCGUUAUCCAUACACAUUACAGAUGAAGAUCAGAGAAGAGCUGGUGAUAUUUUUCUGGAUUAUAGCGUAUUUACCAAACCCGUAUAUGAAACACCAAAAAAGCCACAACCUAAACAAACCGGAAUUAGAAAUAUUAUGAUUACAUCAGCAUUGCCUUAUGUAAACAAUGUACCUCAUCUGGGCAACAUGAUUGGAUCGACCUUAAGUGCAAGUGUAUUCGCUUUGUACUGUGAUUUGGCUGGAUAUAAUGUGCUAUCUAUUUGUGGAACUGAUGAAUAUGGAACUGCGACUGAAGCAAAAGCAGUCUCAGAGAAUAUGACUCCUCGUCAGAUCUGUGAUAAGUUUCAUAAGUUGCAUUGUGAUAUAUACAAAUGGUUUCAAAUUGAAUUCGAUUAUUUUGGACGAACUACUACUGAUCAACAUACCGAAAUAGUUCAGGAGUUGUUUAAACGCCUGUGGGAUAAGGGUUUUAUCACUGAAGAUUCUGUUGAACAGUUGUAUUGCGAAAAAUGCCCAAAAUUUCUUGCAGAUCGUUUUGUUGAAGGAGUUUGCCCUUUGUGUAAAUACGAUGACGCACGAGGUGAUCAAUGUGAUAAAUGCGGGCGUCUCAUGAAUGCUGUCGAAUUAAUCGAACCACGUUGUAAGAUAUGUUGUCAAAGACCUGUGGUGCGUUCUUCACGCCAUUUGUUUCUUGAUCUUCCAAAGAUUGAAAGCAAGUUGAGUACAUUCGUUGAAGAACAUAUUAACGAUUCCUCUUGUAUAUGGACCUCAAAUGCUUGUACUAUAUCAAAUUCAUGGUUGAGAGAUGGUUUAAAGCCAAGGUGUAUUACACGUGAUUUGCAUUGGGGUGUACCAGUUCCAUUGGAAGCUUAUAAAGAUAAGGUGUUUUAUGUUUGGUUCGAUGCACCUAUUGGUUAUAUUUCGAUUACGGCAAAUUACACAAAACACUGGAAGGAAUGGUGGCAACCAUCUGAUGACAAUGAAAUUGAAUUAUUCCAAUUUAUGGCAAAAGAUAAUGUUCCAUUUCAUGCUAUUGUAUUUCCUUCAUGUCUGUUAGCAGCCGAUGCUGGUUAUACUCUCGUAAAACAUCUACUUUCUACUGAGUAUAUGAACUAUGAAAAUACCAAAUUUUCAAAAAGUCGUGGAAUUGGUGUAUUUGGUGAUGAUGCAAUGAAAUCAGGUGUUAUAUCAGAUGUUUGGAGAUUUUAUUUACUGUAUCGGAGACCUGAAUCACAAGAUAGUGCUUUUAUCUGGGAUGAUUUCAUGUUGGUAAAUAACUCAGAAUUGUUGAAUAAUUUAGGUAAUUUUGUUAAUCGAUCUCUUUCUUUUGUGUCACGAUUUUUCAAUUCGAUUAUUCCAUCAAUAACAAAAUUAGAACCGGUUGAUACGGAAUUUUUGGCCAGAAUUAAUAAACUCUUCGUUACUUAUAUGCGCAAUAUGGAGUUAUGUCAUCUUCGAGAUGCUAUUCGAAAUGUAUUGACAAUUGCUCGUCUUGGUAAUGGUUACUUUCAAGCUAAUCAACCGUGGGUCGCUGUUAAAAAACCGGAAACAAAACAGCGUUCUGGUGUUGUGAUAAGCGUUGCUGCGAAUGUUGCUUGUCUUCUUGGUGCUAUGAUUUAUCCUUACAUGCCUACAAUUGGAAAACAGAUCUGGAUUGAGCAGUGUGAUCUUCCGGAAUCCCAAAUGAGUUUCGUGCAGAUUAUUAAAAAUGAAUUUAGAGUGAAGAGGUUGUUACCUGAUGGUCAUCGUAUUGGAAAGCCAGUCCCUCUUUUUCGGAAAAUAGAUCCUGAUGAAAUCAAACGUUUGUCUCAAGUUUACAGUGGUUCAUCUGCUGCGUCUGUGACUAAUGGAAAUGAGCCGAAGUAA